AUGAAUUCGAAUUUCUUUGCAUUGGGCGGUAAUUCACUAUUAAUGAUGAAACUGUUUUAUUUAUAUCAAACACAGAACACCAAACAAAUGAAUAUAACUCUGCUAUUCAAACUUGCAACAUUACGUGAACACAUUCAAUUGUUAAAUGACAGAAAUAAUGAAGUUAAAGAAGAUGAACAAGAAGAAGAAGAAUGGAAAUCACUGAAUAUUAAUAAAGGAUUCUGUUCAUACGCCCAAGAACGUAUCUGGUUAGACGAGCAAAUUCGAUUCGACACGAAAAACGAUUUGGCAAUUUACAAUAUUCCAAAUGUGUUUCGAGUGAUGAGCGGAACCUUGUCAAUCAGCCGCCUUCGUCAAUCACUUUUACUCGUUAUCGAAAAGCAUUCGAUACUGAGAACAUCAUUGAAUUAUGACCGAGACGAGCAAUGUUUAAGACAACAUAUUGAACCGACAAACAACGAGAUUUAUUCAUUUCAAGUGAGCUCGAUACCAUCAAAAGACGACUUCGAUGAAAUAUUGUUGAAUGAAGAAACAAAUGGAAAACUAUUCGAUUUAUCCAUGGGGCGUGUGUUUCGAUGUCAUUUAAUCCGUUUUUGUUCUUGUUCUUCCAACGACAACGACGAAGAGAGCAGUAGAACAGCAGUAGAUUUAUUGAAUGAUGGUGAUUUAAUUAUAUUUAAUUUUCAUCAUGUUGCAUUUGAUGGUAGUUCAACAGAAAUAUUCCUCAAGGAUCUGAAGGAAGCUUAUUUGACAAAUAAAUUAGAUACACAUCUGUCUUUGCAAUAUAUUGAUUAUUCUCAAUACGAACGAAAAAUGUCCAUGGACGAUGCGAGAAAAUAUUGGCAACAUUUAUUUGAUGGUUACGACGAACAAGAGGGACAGUUGCAACUCCCGUAUGAUAAUAAACUAUUAUUCUCGAACGUGAGAACAGGUCGAGGUUCAUCGAUAAUGUUUGAGUUGGACUCGAGCCUUAUUACGUCAAUGCUUAACUGUUCUGAGCGUAGCAACGUGUCAUUAUUUCGUUUAUUAUUAACAUGUUAUUUUGUGUUUCUGUUUAAAUUAACAAACGGCAAUAGAGAUCUGUGUAUAUCUUCUCUAAAUGCGAAUCGGUUUCGGCAUUGUGGCAGACAAAUAUUACGUGCUCGUCUGAAGCAGUCAGACUCGUAGGAUGGUUUAGAAUGUACAGGGGAUGCGUGGCCCAUAUAUAGGUCGUCGAAUUGGUUUGUUGUAAGCGAUUAUAUAUAUUCACCGACAACGUAGCAUUGAUAAUUCGAUUAAGAUGGGCGCAAUGAAUAUCAGUGGAAAAAGCUAUGUAGCGAAUGUGGAAAGAUCGGCAUGUGUGAUGCGAAAUAUUUGACUGCCUUCAACGAGUUAAAAUCUAUAGUUGGAAUGUUUGUUAAUCUCGUUCCGUUUCGAUUUAAAGUUUUCCCUCAAGAGUCAUUUCUUUUAGCAUUGCAGCAAGUAAACCAGUUUUAUCUGGACAUUUUAGCCUUCUGUAACUUACCAUUUCAAGAAAUUGUAAAAACAGUACAUUUUCAACAUCCAACUUCAACGUUACCGUUUAUACAUACAACAUUUCGUUUUGAGUCGUGCUCUACAGAAGACUAUAGUGUUAUAAUGGAUGACAAAACGGUUCUGUGUCGGUUUGACGGCAACAGAAGUGAUAUUAGUGUUUCUAAAUUCGAUUUGACAUUGGUGAUUAACUAUACCGCUGAUGACAAAACGAUGAAAUGUUCAUUUGACUUUUCGACCGACCUCUUUGAGCAAACCACCAUCGAUAUAAUGUCAAGACGAUUUCAAACUCUGCUGAAACAAUUGUUCUUAUCCUCUUCAUUUGAUGUUGAAAGGUCACCAGUCUAUGAACUAUCGAUUCUGCUACCUGACGAACUGAGACUGU